AUGUCUUCAUCAUCAACCGCUAACAGUUCCGAUACGGUCAAGAGAGGUUCUCUAUUCUCUAGAAUCUUCUCCGUUUCUGAUCAAUUUGUAAAUUAUUAUUAUUAUCAUCAGAGCCCAACCAAUCAGAUGAUUCAUUUUGUGUUUGUUCCAGUGAUUGCCUUGUCAUUGAUCAUGUUGUGUUUCAAGGUUGAUUUGCAACAUGUUGAUACGGUGAGAUGGCUGAUUGUGGAUGUUUUAAAAUUGAGUUCGGAAUGGUGUAAUUUAGCGGUUUUGGUUUCUGCUGUGUUGAUGGUCUAUUAUUUGAUUUUGGAUCGAAUUGCUGGAUUUUUAUUGUCAUUGGAAUUUUUUGGAAUGGUUGUUCUUUCCCAUUAUUUUCAUUUGAGAUGGAUUCAUUCACCUUCCACGUACUAUUGGUUUGCUGUAAUUAUUCAAGUUAUUGGAUGGGCAACUCAAUUCUAUGGACAUUAUUUGGAGGGAAAGAGACCUGCACUUAUAGAUAACGUUUUCCAAAUUUUCAUCGCUCCACUAUUCGUGUUGUUCGAAUUGCUUUUUUGUUGGGUCUUCGUUUGGAUUUGA